AUGCCAAGAAGUCAUGAUAAGUCUUUGAAGCUCACGAGGACCCGCUCCAAUUCGGUGACCAGGAGAAAUUCAACCUCAUCAAUUGGUUCGAAAAAUCUCUAUUUAGACGAAAAUGAUACAGAAAUUUUCUCUGGUGUGGGGUCCGAGAUUAUUCCUUCAUCCAUUGCCACAUUCCAUCACUCUCAUAAUUUCGAAGAUAAUGAAGAGGAUACAGAGGAGAAUCAAGAUGAUCAAACAGAAAAUCUUUUGGAGUCACAGCGAGUUUCAAAAUCUCAUGAUGCUAUUUCUGACUCUAGAAACGAAGGGGGAAGUCAGUUAAACAGAAACUCAUUAGUGAACGAUAGAAUGGGGUCAAGUGUAUCGGUUAGGUCCAGAAAUAAUUCCAUAGAGUCGGGAAAUAGACCUAAUUUCAAGUUUUUCACCUCUGAUGAAAUUGAAAACGCUCAAGGUGUUUCUUCGACUUUGGAUGACCCUCUUGUCGAUUAUGAUACUGAUUGGAAUAUUGGCCCAUCAUAUAAUAAUUUGGACGAAGAGAAUACCACUCAGUUAUCCGAAGAAUUAGUGGCUGAUGACCAAAAUAGCGGCAGUCAAAAUACCGCGGCUUUAGAAAUCAGUGAACAUGAAUCAUUUUCUGCCGAAGCCAAUUAUCGAACAAGAUUACUAAGCGAUGUCUCUCAUACUACUUUUCUGUCAAUAUCUCACGAGAAUGAUGAAUUGACUCCUAGAUCAGUAUCAGACAAGGUCUUUUUCCCUGACUCAAAAGUGCAUUUCCAAAGAUUUUACAUCGCAGAAGAAGAUUUGGUCAUUGGUAUUGCUGGAUACAGAACAUCGAAAAUUAGAUUGGGAUGCUUUUACUUUUUGAAUAUCUUGACGCUCGGAAUAAGUUUUUUAAUCCUCAGAUGGAUGCCAAGAUUUAGAAUUAAUCUUUAUGGUAGAAGAGAGAACCUCGGGAAUUGUGACUGGGUUGUGGUUGAAAAUGAACAUGGAGAGUUGGAUAUCAUUGAUAUUGAAAAGCAGUGGUUCAAUAGAAAUUUGGAUAUAGUUUUCAAUUUUAAAAAGAGGAAACAUGAUGGUGAUUUUGAAGAUGAAUUGGUGGACCCAGACGCAAGCAGCGCUAUGGAUUUUGAUCCAAACGCCAAAGUUCCAGUGUUACUUACCUUUUCUUACAGAUAUUUGAAGUUAAUUUACAACCCUUUGGAAGAUAUUUAUACCACCAAUACUAACUGGGUUGAUAAAUCACAUUGGAGCUCAACGUCAAAAAUCCGUCAUGGUUUGAGUGAAUAUGAGACUGAGGAUAGGAAAUUGAUUUUUGGUUCCAACUCACUUGAUUUGAAAGAAAGCUCCAUUAGUGAAUUGUUGGUUAAAGAAAUCUUGCACCCUUUUUACAUCUUUCAAAUCUUUUCCAUUGUUUUAUGGCUCUUAGAUGACUACUAUUAUUAUGCCUUCUGUAUUUUCUUUAUUUCUAUUGUUUCAGUGGUUCAAUCAUUAAUAGAAACCAGAGAGACUAUGAGAAAACUAAAAGAAAUAUCGAAAUUGAAUAACUAUCCAUACGUCAGAAUCAAAAGAAAUGGUUUUUGGAAAGAAGUACCCCUUGAAGAGCUUGUUCCUGGAGAUUUAUACGAAUUAAGUGAUCCUAAUUUAUCCAGUAUUCCAUGUGACUCGGUAUUGAUCUCAGGUGAUUGUAUUAUAAAUGAAUCUAUGCUCACAGGCGAAUCUGUCCCAGUUUCUAAAGUCCCUGUUAGCGAUGAAACUCUCAAGAAGCACCUUGUCAAUUUAGAUUCUGCUUUUGUCACCAAAAAUCAAGUGGGAGGCUCAUUGUCAAAAUCUUAUCUUUUUAGCGGCACAAAAAUAAUUAGAGUCAGAAGAUCUCAAGAUGCCGAUAAACAUGAUGGAGAUGAUGAUGAUGUGGGUGAUAAUCAGACAAUAAAUUCUAGUAUGAAAAAUGAGCCUGCAUUGGCUGUGGUUAUUAAGAUUGGCUUUUCUACUACCAAAGGUCAAUUACUUAGAUCUAUGCUCUUCCCAAAGCCUGUUGGAUUCAAGUUCUAUAGAGAUUCAUUUAAGUACAUCGGAUUUAUGGCAAUGGUGGCUUUCUUUGGGUUCUUAUAUUCCAUUCAUAAUUUCCUUAGCUUAAACUUGGAAACUAGUGUUAUUGUCUUGAGAGCGUUCGAUAUUAUAACCAUUGUGGUUCCUCCAGCAUUACCUGCUACCUUGACUAUUGGUACAAAUUUUGCAAUCAAUAGAUUGAAAAAUUCUAGGAUCUUCUGUAUUAGUCCUUCAAAAGUUAAUAUUGCUGGUAAAGUUGAUGUAUUCUGCUUUGAUAAAACGGGGACAUUAACGGAAGAUGGCUUGGAUAUUUUAGGGGUGCAUAUAGCUCAAAAGGCAUCUGAGAGAAAUAUCAGUGAAUUUGGGCCAAUGACCAGAGAUUUGAACACUGUUUUGCAAGGUUAUAAUGAUAUGGCAGAUUUUUCAAAGAGAUACGAUGACACAAAGGGUUCUCGGACCAAAACAUCAAUGGCCGAAAAUUCAAAAAUUUUGCACAAUUUCUUGAUGUCCUUAUGCAGUUGUCAUUCCCUUAGAGUUGUUGAUGGUGAAUGUAUUGGGGACCCCUUGGAUUUCAAAAUGUUUGAGUUUACCAAAUGGAUACUAGAGGAAGAUUUUGAAUAUUCUAACGGUGGUGAUCGUAAAAAUAUUUACCCAUUGGUUUCUAGACCAUCAACAGAAAGUGUUAUUGAUGGCGGCAAGAUUGAUAAUUAUAUUGCUAUUGUGAAGAAUUAUGAGUUCAUCCCUUCUUUAAGAAGAAUGUCAGUUAUCAGUAAAACUUUAAGUGAGAAUUGUCCAGGAUAUCAAGUUUUCACUAAAGGUGCUCCGGAAGUUAUAUCUGCACUUUGCAACCCAGAAUCGUUGCCAGAAAAUUAUGAAGAAUUAUUGUAUCGUUACACGCAUGAUGGUUACAGAGUUAUAGCCGUUGCAACUAAAAGUUUAUCAUCAUCCAUGAAGCAAAUCAACAAAAUGAGUAGACCAGAAAUCGAAUCGAAUUUGGACUUUUUAGGUUUUAUUAUUUUUGAAAAUAGAUUGAAGGAACUAACUAAACCAACCCUUGAAGUGCUUAAUUGUCAAGCUAAUAUUAGAACCAUUAUGUGUACUGGUGAUAAUAUUUUGACUGCUAUUAGUGUUGCCAAAGAAAGUUCUUUAAUAUCUGACCCAAAGACUAAAAUUUUUAUACCUAGGUUUGUUGAUGAAGAAAAUGAGAUGGAGAAUGAUGAAAGUAAUAAAGAUAAUGGAAUUAACAUUAUGUGGGAAGAUGUUAAUGAUCCCGAAUUGAUUUUGGACUCCCAAACUUUAAGCCCAAUUGUCAAGAGAGAUCUGCCAUUGGAAUAUUUCGAUUAUAAAUUAGCAGUUACAGGGGAUAUUUUCCGUUAUAUUUUGAAAAACGAGGAGUCAGACGAGAGUCCUGCAAGAUUUAGCCAAGAAUAUAUUGAAAAAUUAUUGUUGAGCGCCAAUAUUUAUGCGAGAAUGUCUCCAGAUGAGAAACACGAAUUAGUGGAGCAGUUGCAAAAAUUAGAUUACACGGUUGGGUUCUGUGGUGAUGGUGCUAACGACUGUGGUGCUUUAAAGGCGGCCAAUAUUGGUAUUUCGUUGUCCGAAGCAGAAGCUUCCGUUGCUGCCCCAUUUACUUCCACCAAUUUCCAGAUUUCAUGUGUCUUGAAUGUUAUUAAGGAAGGUAGAGCUUCGUUGGUUACAAGUUUCAGCUGCUUCAAGUAUAUGAGUUUGUAUUCGGCCAUUCAAUUCAUCUCUGUGUCAGUGCUUUAUAAGAAGGGCUCUAACUUGGGUGAUUUCCAGUUUUUAUGGAUUGAUUUGUUUUUGAUUUUGCCAAUUGCCAUAUUUAUGUCUUGGUCGAAGCCGUAUGAUUAUAUUGCCAAAAAGAAGCCUAGUGCAAAUUUAGUCUCCUCUAAAGUUUUGAUUCCAAUGAUUGGAAAUAUUGCAACAUUAAUGCUAUUUCAAAUUUCGAUUUGGUUGUAUGUCCAGUCUAAACCAUGGUACAUCAAACCUAUUCCUGCCGGUGAUGAUGCAGUUCAAUCUUCAGACAAUACUGUUUUAUUUUUCUUCUCCAAUUUCCAGUAUAUUUUAAUUGCCAUCAUUUUAACACAGGGUCCUCCAUAUAGAGAGUCAUCGAUAAGAAAUAUUCCGUUUGUUGUCGAUAUUUUGAUUUCCAUUGGGUUAUCAUGUUUAUUAAUGGCAGCUGGUCCAGAAUCGUGGCUUGGUGAUUUGAUGCAAUUGACAUACUUACCAUUUUCAUUCAAAUUAUUGAUUUUUGUCUUUUCGGUAAUCAACUUGGUUGUAUUAUGGUUUGGAGACAAGUAUGUUUUUUUAAAGUUGAAUAAGCUUUAUAUUAGAUUGAUUUAUGGUGGUCAAAGAAAGUCUAAGAAAUAUUUCAAAAGACUACUUAAACUGUACGAGGACAAUUUUAUGGUUUGA